UCCGGUAUUUCUGCCGCCAGCACCAUGUCAGAAUACCGGGCUCAGCUCUUCUCUGCAGCAGGACCUUACCUGUUCCUCAGUCCAGCGCUGUACAGUCUUCCCUCGCCGGCAUUUUUAGUGUGGGCACCCGGCUGCGCAAGAAGCGCUGCGCUUUGUGAAUGGCCCGGUGUCUUCUGGGACCUGUCAUGUACCCGCUCCCCCCGUCCCUCCCCAAAGGUCCACAGUCUCUUGGUCAUCUCCUGUACUGUGUCCGCAGUCUCUGGUCAUCUCCUGUACUGUGUCCGCAGUCUCUGGUCAUCUCCUGUACUGUGUCCGCAGUCUCUGGUCAUCUCCUGUACUGUGUCCGCA